AUCUACUUGAAAUGAAUGAAUCUGAGCCUUCAGAUUUACUAACUCAGGAACAGAACUCACAAGAUACAUCUAAUUUACAGGCGGAAGCUGCCUUUGAUCAAAUGAUGGAUGAGUUGAUGCAAAGAAGCCCUACCUCUGCAGUUGCAUCGGAAAUCCUUGGUGAGACACUCAUUGCAACAAGUCCUAGAAGACUUAGUCCAAGAUAUCAUGGAGAAUCUCAGGAAGAAAUGAUGAUCUCGAUAGCAGAUGAAGGUGAUGUUGCAAUUGAGCAGGCACUAGCAGACACGGAGAUGUUUAGUCACCAUAGCAAUGAAGAUGAUACACCAGCGG